GCCGCGAGUCCCUUAAGUUAAACCCCUCAACCCCCUCUUUGAGCCGUUCGCAUCUGUACUGUGCACACUGCAUUUCAGUCAAACCGUCGCAGUCAUGCCUGGAACCAGUCCGAAAUCGCAGGGAAGCGCCCCCAGGCAAGAAAGCAGUCCAAGACAGCAUGGAGGGAGUCCCAAGACGCCUUCGCCUCCCCCGCAGGAGCGCCCUAUCGAAGCUGACGACAAUUUGCCUGACGAUGAGGAUGCAGACUCGGCGCUAGGAGCAGAAGGCGAGAGCUCUACUGCUUCCAUUACAUCCAGUAUCCUCCAUUACAGGACUAUUAAUGGCAGAACGUUCCAUAGCGAGAGGGGAAAUGCAGUGUAUUGGGGAUCUAACGAUGAGGCUCAAAGCGAAGCAAUGGACAUAGCACAUCACAUGUUCACGCUUGCCCAGGAUGGGAAAUUGCAUUUUGCCCCUCUUGCAAAAGACAUUCAAAAUGCGCUUGACAUUGGCUGCGGAACUGGCAUUUGGGCUGUUGACUUCGCGGAUGAAUAUCCCAGCUGCCAGGUUGUCGGAACGGACAUCUCGCCCAUUCAGCCUUCCUGGAUCCCACCAAACGUCAAGUUCGAAAUUGAAGAUGCCACACAAGAAUGGACGUUCGCACCCGGACUGUUUGACUAUGUUCACAUGAGAUACCUCAUUGGAUGUAUUCCGGACUGGACAGAACUCUUCAAAGAGGCUUUCAAGGCUAUCAAGCCUGGUGGUUACCUCGAGACGUUCGAAACCACGCCCAAUAUUGAAAGCGAUGACGGCACCAUGAAGCCCGAUUCGGCGUGUGCUCGUUGGGGGCCAACCUUUAUUCAAGCUUCUAAGGUUAUUGGUCGAACCUUUACAGUUAUUGAGGACGGACUUCAGAGGAAGGCCAUGGAAGAAGCUGGCUUUGUCGACAUCCAGGAAUGGGAAUUCAAGUGUCCCUUGAGUCCUUGGGCCAAGGAUCCCAAGUAUAAAGAGGUUGGACAGUUUUGCUCUCUCUUCGCCACACAAGACACGGAAGGAUUCAUCACCUUUGUCACCAGUACGCUUGGGUGGUCAGUCGAGGAGGUCCAGGUUUACAUUGCUCACUUCCGACGAGAAGUCCGCAAUCUCAAUAUCCAUACCUACAUUCGGUUGAAGGCUGUUUGGGGUCGAAAGCCAGAGUAGCUGUUUCUUACCCCUUGAUGAACGAAGAAUUGUUUCGCAACAUUAGCAUAGCACCUAGCCAAUCAUUUGUUUAGACUUAGCGCAUGAAAUAAACUGACGAGACAAGCA